CUCCGCCUGGGGAGGCUGCGUGGAGGUGGAUUCGGAGACGGAGGCCGUGUACGGGAUGACCUUCAAAAUCCUGUGCAUCUCCUGCAAGCGGCGCAGUGAGACCACCGCGGAGACCUUCACCGAAUGGACCUUCCGCCAGAAGGGCACGGAAGACUUCGUCAAGAUCCUGCGUUAUGAGAACGAGGUGCUUCAGCUAGAGGACGAUGAGCGGUUCGAGGGCCGGGUGGUGUGGAACGGCAGCCGGGGCACCAAGGACCUGCAGGAUCUCUCCAUCUUCAUCACCAACGUCACCUACAACCACUCCGGCGACUACGAGUGCCACGUCUACCGCCUGCUCUUCUUCGAUAACUACGAGCACAAUACCACGGUGGUGAAGAAGAUUCACCUGGAGGUGGUGGAUAAAGCCAACAGAGACAUGGCGUCCAUUGUGUCUGAGAUCAUGAUGUAUGUGCUCAUCGUGGUUCUGACCAUCUGGCUGGUGGCCGAGAUGGUGUACUGCUACAAGAAGAUCGCAGCUGCCACGGAGGCUGCGGCCCAGGAGAACGCCUCGGAAUAUUUAGCCAUCACUUCGGAGAGCAAAGAGAACUGUACGGUCGUCCAGGUUGCUCAGUAGCCCAGGCCCUGGGCUGCCACCUCAAGGAAGAGCCAGCCCUAAUGCCAACAUUGGGGUACAGCCUCCCCCCACAUACACAAUGGAGGGGGGGUUGGCCACCCCUGGGCCUCCAUGAGCCUCAGAAAUCUGCCAAGGAGCCUCCAGGGUGGGAGGGCAGGGGACCCCCUCACCCAGCCUUCUUCCUCCUGCUCUGUGGCCCUCCUGCCCGCCACCCCCUGCCGCUGUGCAUGAUGGGUAAAGCAAUACUGGCCAUGUCCCCCAGCCCCUGCUUCUGCUGCCUGUGGGAGGGGAAGGGUGGUGAGGCAGUGUGGGGGGGCCAAUGGCUCCGCACCCCUCUUUUUGCUAAUUUGCACACAUUGGCCGCUCCAGACACACACUGCUAGGCCAGCCCUUUCUUAUCCCUGCUCCCUGGCCCUGCCCAGCAAGGGGGUUGGCAUGGGCCAGGACUGUGGGGACAGAAGGUUCUGGGCCUUCUCCUCCCUCCCUCCCAAUCCUUGGACCCCCUAGCAUCAUCAUCUUCUCCUUGCUUCCUCCGGCUGGACCUGGGGUCCCCCUUCCUGUAAUGCAUUCCCGCCUCGGUGCCCCCCCAUCCUCCCUCUCACCAGCCUUGGUCUGAGCCCACUGAGGGGCUUCAUCUCUCUUUACAGAAGUAGUUUUGUUCUGGAAAUAAAGAUUCUUGGACUUGA